GCAUCGUACGACAGAUGCGAGUAACGAACAGAUGCGAAUAACGAAAUGAAUUUGUGAGUACCGAAUCGGUACUUCGAGUCAACCGAUGUACCCGUUACUCAGUAACGAAUACAUGCGGUUUGCUCCAGCUCUACUACCAACAAGGAAAAGCAUCUCCAAAGCUUCUGCAAAGCGUCUCCUAUUUCGCCUGUAGGCCGUGGAUAUUUCCUGGCAACAUUGUGGUUGUUUUUAAAAUCCUUUAAUCUCUUUCAUAUGUAAUUUGAAGUAGUCAAUGGAAAAACUAAGCUUUAACAGUGCUAGGGUGAGAAAGCAUGUUAAUGCGAAAUAUAAACAAACUUAUUUGUCAUGAAAUGUGUUCCUGUGUUCCCGUUUCAAACUUCAUAUACUUAUUCACCAAAGGGAGAAACUUCAUGUAUGCCGUGUGUAACAAGUCAUUUACACUGAAGAGUUAUUCAAACAAUCAUAUAAAUAUUGACACAGGAAAGAAACCUUGUGUGUGAGGCAUUUAGCAAGUUAUUUAGACAGUAUGCUUCUUUAGAUAAACAUCUGCAUAUACAUACAGGAGAAAAAACUUGUUUGUAAGGUAUAUCAGAAAAAAUUUGGAUGGGAGCACAUUUAAAACGUUUAUUCAUGCACAAAAGAAACUUGACGUAUGUGAAGUAUGUAACAAGACACUUACUCAAAGAGAUCAUUUAAACACACAUAUAUUUAAUCACACAAGAGAAAUUCCUCAUGAGUGAGAUAUGUAAUGUGCCAUUUGUUCACAAAGGUAGUUUAAACAACCAUGUACUUAUUCAUAAAGGGAGUAAACCUUAUGGAUGUGAGAUAAUGUAAUAAAUCAUUUACUCAAAAAAAGUAAUUUAAAAAGCAGUAUGCUUAUUCACACAGGAGAGAAACCUCAUGCGUGUGAGGUAUGUAAUAAGUCAUUCACUCAAAAAGGUCAUUUAAAGGAACAUAUACUUAUUCACACAGGAAAGAAACCUCAUGUGUGUCUGAUAUGUAAUAAGUCAUUUACUAAGAAAAGUCAUUUAAUAAGACAUAUACAUCCUGUGCAUAUUUACACAGGAGAGAAACCUCAUAUGUGUGAGAUAUGUAAUAAGUUAUUUAGGUGCAAGGAUAACUUAAAAAUACAUAUGCUUAUUCACACAGGAAACAAGCCUUAUAUCUGUGCAGUAUGUAACAAGUCAUUUACUCUAAAAGGGAAUUUAAAAACGCAUAUGCUUAUUCAUAAAGAGAAGAAACCUCAUGUUUGUGAGGUAUGUAAUAAUUCAUUUACUCUAAAAGUUCAAUUAAAUAAACAUCUGCUUAUUCACACAGGAGAGAAACCUCAUGUGUGUGAUGUAUGUAAUAAGUCAUUUAGACGCAAGGAUCUUUUAAGAAUCCAUAUGUUUGUUCACACAGGAAAGAAAUCUUUUCUCUGUGAGAUAUGUAACAAGGCAUAUACUCAAAAAAGAGCUUUAAAAUACCAUAUGCUUAUUCACACGGGAGAGAAACCUCAUGUGUGUGAGGUAUGUAACAAGUCAUUUGUUGGAAAGAGUAAUUUAAAAAGCCACAUGCUUAGUCAUACAGGAGAGAAACCUCAUUUGUGUGAAAUAUGCAAUAAGUCAUAUGUGUGCAAGGAACAUUUAAAAAGACAUAUGUUUGUUCACACAGGAAAGAAAUCUUUCCUUACUCAAAAAUGUAAUUUAGAAGAGCAUGUACUUUUCCACAAAGAAAAGAAAACUCACAUGUGUGAGGUAUGUAAGAAGUCAUUUACUCAAAAAGGUAAUUUAAGAAGACACACACAUAUUCACACAGGAGAGAAACCUCAUGUUUGUGAAGUAUGGAAUAAUUCAUUCACUGAAAAAAGUCAUUUAAAAGAUCAUAUGCUUAUUCACACAGGAGAAAAACCUCAUGUGUGUGAGGUAUGUAACAAGUCAUUUAGUCGAAAAGAUACUUUAAAGAGACAUGUAUUUAUUCACACAGGAAAGAAACCUCAUGUGUGUAAUUUAUGUAACAAGUCAUUUGUUCAUAAGUGCCAUUUGAAUGACCAUAUGCUUAAUCAUCACAGAAAGAAACCUCAUGUGUGAGAGAUUUGUAAUAAGUCAUUUAGCUGCAAGAAUCAUUUAAAAAGCCAUAUGUUUAUUCAUACAGGAAAGAAAUCUUACCUCUGUGAGGUAUGUAACAAGUCAUUUAGUCAGGAGUAUAAUUUAAAAAAGCAUAUGCUUACUCACAAUGGAAAAAAAUUGUGUGAGUUGCGUAUGUAACAAAUCACUUGGAUGAUUGAAAGAUGCAUGUCUACAGAUAAUACAAGGCUAGUGUCUUUUGUUAAAAAGUUAGAUUAAUAAGAACUUUUACUUAUGUAUGCUGUAAAGAAAUGGUAUUGCAUGAGGUGUGUUUGACUUGUCAUUUGAUCUUAUUUCUCAAAUCAUGUAUUUGUUUGCACAAUAAAAAACCUCAUUCUUUAUGAGAUGAGAAAAUUCUAAACAAUAUCUUCUUAUCUGUAGUAUUUAAUGAGUAAUGAAAGGUUUAAAACAUCAUAUUUGUGGAAUAAAUAGUUAGAGACUGAUUAACUUAUUUUGAAUUAAGAAAUUUUAUGGAUAUUUCAUGGUACUUUUCCGUUUCCCUGGCGCAAAUCUCGCCAAGCACAUUUUAUUGGCGACAACUUGUCAUUUGAUGACUUGUCAUUUGAUCUUAUUUCUCAAAUCAUGUAUUUGUUUUCACAAUAAAAAACCUCAUUCUUUAUGAGAUGAGAAAAUUCUAAA